AUGGUGUCGCCUCCUCCCGGGGCGGCGGCUGUGGCAGCGGCUCGGGCUUGCGUCCGCGUCGGGCUGGCCCCGCGGCCGCUCAUGGGUAGCCAGGGCGGCGUGGGGCCCCCCGGGAACGGUGGGCCCGGCGAGGGCGAGAGCGGGGAGACGAGGAAACUGCAGGAGGAAGAGAGAGCCGCGAGAGGAAAGCGGAGGAAGGGGAAGGGGAAAGCGGGAGCAGGGCAAGGCGGAAAAGGAAGCGGGGCGGAAGGAAAGCCGGAGCCGCCACAGGCGAAGGAGGAAACGGGGCUGGGGGCCGAGGCGGGACCGAGUGCAGGCCUAGGAAAGGCAGGAGAGAGAGGCGGAAGCGUGGAGGAAGGGGCGAGAAGGCUCGUCAGAGGAGAUGAGGGGAGCGCAGGGACGCGAAAGGAGGCCAAAGGAAGAGAUGAGGGGAAGAAGGAGGAAUGGAGGGUCAGGACUGGGAGGCGGGAGGACGCCAGGCCGGCAAGAGCACAGGGACGAGGGGGUCAGGCUUGGGGCCGCCUCGCGGGGACACGGGCGGCCAUGGCGACAGCGGCUGAGGAGAAGGCGGCGGCGGCGGCCCGGGAGCCAGCCUGCCGCCCUGCCGCGGGGCCCGCACUCCUGCGCCUGCCGGAGGAGCUGCUGCUGCUCAUCUUUUCCUACCUGGACAUGCAGGCCCUCGGCCGCCUGGCUCAGGUGUGCCGCUGGCUGCGGCGCUUCACCAGCUGCGACCUGCUCUGGCGCCGGAUAGCCCGGGCCUCGCUCAACUCCGGCUUCACGCGGCUCGGCACCGACCUGAUGGCCAGUGUAGCAGUAAAGGAACGAGUGAAGAUAUCUCAGAACUGGAGGUUGGGGCGCUGCCGAGAGGGGAUUCUGCUGAAGUGGAGAUGCAGUCAGAUGCCCUGGAUGCAGCUAGAGGGUGAUUCUCUGUACAUAUCCCAGGCUAAUUUCAUCCUGGCCUAUCAGUUCCGCCCAGAUGGUGCCAGCUUGAACCGGAGGCCCCUGGGAGUCUUUGCUGGACAUGAUGAGGACGUUUGCCACUUCGUGCUGGCCAACUCGCAUAUUAUCAGUGCAGGAGGAGAUGGGAAGAUUGGUAUUCAUAAGAUUCAUAGCACCUUCACUGUCAAGUACUCGGCCCAUGAACAGGAGGUGAACUGUGUGGAUUGCAAAGGGGGCAUCAUUGUGAGUGGCUCCAGAGACAGGACAGCCAAGGUAUGGCCUUUGGCCUCAGGCCGGCUGGGGCAGUGCUUACACACCAUCCAGACUGAAGACCGAGUCUGGUCCAUUGCUAUCAGCCCAUUGCUCAGCUCCUUUGUGACAGGGACGGCUUGUUGUGGGCACUUCUCACCCUUAAGAAUCUGGGACCUCAACAGUGGGCAGCUGAUGACGCACCUGGGCAGUGACUUUCCCCCAGGGGCUGGGGUGCUGGACGUCAUGUACGAGUCCCCGUCCACGCUCCUGUCCUGUGGCUACGACACAUAUGUUCGCUACUGGGACCUCCGAGCCAGUACCCGGAAGUGUGUCAUGGAGUGGGAGGAGCCCCACGACAGCACCCUGUACUGCCUACAGACGGAUGGGAACCACCUGCUGGCCACUGGCUCCUCCUACUAUGGUGUUGUGCGACUGUGGGACCGCCGCCAAAGGGCCUGCCUCCAUGCCUUCCCACUGACGUCGACACCCCUCAGCAGUCCUGUGUACUGCCUGCGCUUCACAACCAGACACCUCUAUGCUGCACUGUCCUACAACCUCCAUGUCCUGGACUUUCAAAACCCAUGA